AGUCAGGGCAGGAGGAUUCGGCGGACGGUUGGUGUGAGGCUUUCGCGCAGUCUGGUUUAAAUCUUCAGUAUAGAGCGCGAGGAGUGGAUGAGUGUACUUUGCUGACAAUGGCAGAUGAAUUGGAAAGGUUCCUUGAAGAACAGAGGACCAAGUUAGCACAAGAUAAAGUCGAGCUGGACCAAGAUCCACCAUACAUGGAGAUGAGAACCAUUUCUUCAGAACCAUUCAAUAAGACUGAUCAAACUUCAGACCCCAUAGAUAAAGAAAAUAUUCUUCCAGGUGUUCAGUCUUUGAAAGAAAAUCUACAGAGUGGCAUGUCUGAAGAAGGAAACUAUGGGGUAAGCCUGCCACUUGGAUUGGAAUAUGAUCUGAAGAAACAGAAAUUGAAGGAGGAACUUCGACAAGACUACAGACGCUACAUGGCAGAGAAAAAUUCUAGGACCGUAAGGGUGCAGGAGUUAAAAACUGAGAGGCUUUCACUUCCUAUCCCUGAAAGAAAAUCAGCAAAGGACAGACUGAGAACUGAAAGAAGCCGGGAGUACAAUCAGUUUCUUAGAGAGCAAGACAAAUAUGAGCAAUUAAGAAGAAAUGGCAGGUGGCUACCAAAGUAUUAUAAGGAGAAUAUUGAUCCUUCAGAUGACACCAGCUUUCAGGGUGCUGCUCACAUAACACCUGAUCCACCCAUACACGAACCAGCCUCUUCCAGGAAAGAUGCGUAUACAUCAAUGGAGGCUUAUGAGGAAUUGUUGAAUCAAAAGCGACGCGAAGAGAAUAGAUAUCGCAAAUCUGAUGAUCCUGAGAUUGGUCAGAGAAGACAUGUUCAGACACAAACAGACAGAAGGUCAGAUGGUUAUGAAAAUAACUUUCCAAAUUCUGGCAGCUACUUCCAGAGACCGAGAAAUGAAAACAGGCAAUAUAAAGAGAGGAGAGAACACAAGCUGCCAGCAUACAUUGAAGAGGACUACAAGGAAGAUUCUAGAAGACGACCUGUUUCAGCGGCAGGAAAAUCUAGAUAUUUGAUAAAUGAAGUACAUGACUCUCAGAGACAACGUUCCAAGUCUGCUUCAGUGAAAGAUGUUAUGUUUGGAACAGGAUUGUUGGUGGGUAACAAUGAACGAGAGAGUGCGCAAAGGAGGAGAAGGGAGAGAUACAGGCAGGAAUUGUUGGAACAAAUAUCAGAAAAACGGAAAAACAAGAUACGGGAAAAAGAGCUUGAGCUCAGAGUUGCUGCUUCAGGAGCCAUAGACCCAGAGAAGGAACCAAAUCGAAUAAGGGAAUUUGGUGCUGUAAUACUACAACAUGAUCCUCGCAGGCAUGAUGCCUCUUAUGAAGGAAGUAAAGUCCAUGUUGUGAAACAUUUCAGUGAUGAAAGAUCUCCUGUGGAAGAGAGACAGCCUCCAGAACGUCCCAGAGUAGCUUUCCAAAAUCCUCCAGUUGAUGACAGGGGCCCGAAUAUUGGCCUGACCAAUGGAAUGUGGAAUCCCCUUAGGAAUGCAAUGGUUCCGAGGAUCACAGUGAUUCCUCCCCCUCCUCCACCAUCUGUGCUGACAGAACAUUACCAAACACCUUAUGAUAAUGCUUAUUAUUUUUAUGGUGCUAGGAAUCCUUUGGAUCCGAACUUGGCAUACUAUGGCCCAGGAGUCAUGGGAGUACAACCUAUGCCCUUGGUCAACUCUCCCACUGGGCUGACUCAUGUACCAAUGCAAGCCUAUCCACAAGCUUCCUUCUUAGACCAAGCUUCAACCACAAAUGUACAUGAUGCCUCUAAUGUCAGAAACCUAGGUGCUGGACUCCUGCCAGAACAAAAAACUGUUUUAUCAAAAGAGAGUGCGCAAAGUUACCAGGACUCUCUGAAAAAGCAGAUGCAAGAAAGGGAAGAGAGGAAAAGAAAAGAAAAGGAAGAAAAGGAGAGAUACGAUGCAAAACUUGAAGAGGAAAUGAGAAUUUACAAUCCAUGGGGAAGAGGAGGAGGUGGUGCACCUCUCAGGGAUGCAGAAGGAAAUUUGCUAACUGAUCUGAAGAAAAUGCAUAAACAAAAUGAAGAUGCCUACAGGGACUAUCCUCAUCAAGGAAAUCAGGAUUCCAGAGCUGUGGGAUCUCUUAAUCUGAAUUUAGCCAGGCCCAAUGCUAAUGCACCUCAAGAGAAAACCCAAGGGUUUACAUUUGCAAAUACAGCACAGUUUUCCCAAGGAAGUCUUUUCAAUGAACCGCAAUUUGAAAAAAAAGUUAUGGAGCAACUAAAGUACAAAGAAUAUCUACGCUUACAAAUUGAAGAGAAGCGACGCAAGGCAGAAGAAGAACGUGAAAAAUGUAAACUUGAAGAGCAACAAGAGGAGAAACGUCUAGCUGAACAGAGGGCACGAAUUGCAAAAGAGCUUGAAGAAGAGCAAGAAAAGAAACGCCGUAAAGAGGAGGAGCAAAGAAUUAAAAAUGAAGAAAUUGCACGGUUGGCCGAAGAACGUCGUAAAUUAGCAGAAAGAAAGCGAAAGGAAGAGGAAGAAAAACAGGAGACGAUGUUUCGACAGCAACUCAAGAGUGAACAAUCAGCAAGGAUAGAUGAGAAGAGACCACCUUCUCCGCCUAUUCCAACUGUAAGGAAGAAACAGAUUGCUAUUCAGAGAACUGAUUUGUCUGCUGUCGAUGGCUCAAUCCAUGAAUUUGACUUGGAUCAUCCACAGUCAGGGACCGAGUCACCACCAGUUCCUGCUAGACGAAACCAGCUUCGAGCAUUUGAGGAAAAGAAAGAUAUAAUUAGUGAGCUGUCGGCAUUGAGGAGACAGCUACGAAGUGAAGAACGGCGUCUUCAGGGGCAUUUUCAAAAUGCUGACAAGGAAGAUGAUGCAACCUUUCCUAUGGCCAAGAAGCGAGAGAGAAAUCAUGUUGAUGUCUUUGAUUUGGCCAGACAACGUAUACAGACCCUGGUACACCGACCUUCAUCAAAAGGGAGAGAUUCUGUUAAUUUAAGAAAUAUUAGAGACUUCAAUGAACUGAAAUACAGAGAUUCAGCAACACGCGCUGAAAUAAGGCAAGUGUACCCAGACCCUCCAAAUGAUAGUAAUACACUGGAGAUUCAACAGGAGGCAUUAUUAAGAGAACAGAAAAAGAAACUGGACAUAAUGAAGAGGAAAAAAACAGUUGCUAGUAUGAAUCCACGUGAUAUUGAACUGGAUCCACAUGAAGACUUGAUGAAGAACACUUUGCUUGAAUCAGAGAGUGCCUUUAUAGGAAGCCAUGGAGAAACUUUCCCUUUUCCAGUGGAUGUUGGGACAAUAUCUGAACUAUCUCCACGCGGGAGACGUCGCUGCAAUAAUAGAUUAGACUUUGAUUCUAAGGAUACUUAUCCUAGCAGACAACCUGUACCACAACUAGACAACAUCUCUCUACAUUCCGUAUCCAGUUUUAAUGUGGAGCAAGUAAGAGCCAGGAACGAACAACGUAUGAAACAUUUGGAUAAUCUUCAACAUUCAGAUAAUGACCUCAAAGUGGAAGAUAGUGACAUUCUGAGCCAGUUCAUUUCAAGAGAUAAGGAAAGACCAAGCUCUGUUGAAACGGUGGCUACUGAGGUCUGGCUACGACCAGGAACAUCAGAAACGUUAAGGAGGUUUAUGGCUGAUCAUACACAACUUGAGUGAGGACCUUCACCUACCACAUGAGGAUUCAGCUGGAAGCAAGGCCAUUCCACAGCUUAUGACCAAAUUAGCUGGUAAAAUUAGUCAAAGACUAUGUGCCUUCAGUAAGGAAAAAUGUUUAUUGCAGACUCUCGAUGCACUUUGUUAUUUAGGUACUUCAAUUCAGGAUGCUGUAUAUUAAUGUUUCUUUCUGCUAACCAGCAUGUGGCCUUGAAUAAACAAAAUGCAAAAAAAAUAAAUGAUCUUGUAUUCAUGUUUUUGUUGAACACUGAAGUGUGCUAUACAUAAUAAGAGUUCACAUGGAUCACUAUUUUGCAAAAUUACACUGGAAGAAGUCCAAACGAAAUUUGCAUUUUAGUUGCUAGAUCUGGCACUAACCAGUGCUGUUAGCUGAAUGUACUAUUUAUAUAUCAUUGUUUUGUUUUUUGUACUUGCAUUAUUCUUUAAUUGAUGUUGGUCAUCAGACUUGUUGUAAUG